AUGCGUUUGGCCAUCCUCCAAGUCAUGAACGCCAUGACUAAACAACUCACACCUCAAGACGAUGCCAGUUUCGCCAACCUGGUCCAGGAUAUCAAGCUGUCGUCCUCCAACCCAUCAGCAGUAGAAGCCCAUCUUCCAGGAGUGGUCGAUCGAUUGGAGGCAGCAUUGGCAAAACUUGAGCAGGAUGGAAACCAUCAGGAUAGUUGGGACCAGGUCUCGAACACCUUUCAAUUCUUGGCCGAUUCUGCCAGAGAAGAAAAGGCAAGGACACCAAUUGGAGAGUCUCAAGCUGUCGCUCUGUUGGUACAGAUCGAGGCAUUGAACAAGCAGCGUCUGCCUCAUGUGGAUAUCCAGGCACUCCGUGUUCUGGCCAACAUCUGCGUUGAUCAUGAGGCAAACAGGAACAAGGUGCUUGAGGCUGGCGCAUUCGAGACGAUCAACGAUGUCCUUAGGAGCUCGACGAACCCAGAUGCUGUCAAGACUGCAUGUGGCGCCCUCUUGAAUACCACCAUGGCAUGCGAGGCCGCACAGACAAAAGUCAUCGAAUUGGGCACCAUUGAGUCACUGCUAAAGGUGUUAAAGUCUGACGACAUUGACGGUAACGAGGUCAGCAUGACCAUCGCUGCCCGUGUCACUGCCAACUUGUGCGAGAGAGAUGGUGGUUCACAGUCGGUUAUCAAGUUUUCAGGGAUUAACACAGUGGUUCAGCUACUGGUCAGGACAUCAAAGGACGUUGAGGGAUACAUGGACCUUUUCGACGCAGCAACCGAUAUUAUGCGCGCUGUGGCCUCAAAGGAACCUGCUCAGGUCGCCAUUCAGAAGGAAGGACUUUUCAUCCCCCUGAUGGAGAUUCUUGAGCACACUGGGAUCUCGGACGAAGGAAAAACAGAGGAGGAGAAGAAGGAGGACGACAAAAAGUUUGGAGAGACCAAGGCAGCCAUUGUCGAAGUCGUCGUGUCUGCUACUCUUGCAGAUGAGAACAUGGUGCCGGUGUUCAACGACAAAGAUGUCAUGGAGCGGUUCCUUACUUGGCUCAAACUGUCUGAUCGGGAAGAUUUGCAAGCAUGUGCUGCACUCUGUUUGGGCAACGUUGCACGAUCAGAUGACCACUGCGUCAAGUUAGUGCACGAAUACCAUGCGGUGGAGCCUUUGAUCCAUGUCGUCCGCAAGGCGACUGACUUGAAAGCUAGCCAUGCCGCCACAGGAGUUCUCCGCAAUCUUGCCCUAGCAGAGAGGAACAGGGAAUUGAUGGGAAAUGCUGGCGUGAUUCAGGCAUGCUUCCCAUUGCUCAAGAAGGACAAUGCUCUCCCACUCCAGGCCAACGUUGUCGGCAUCCUCAAGCGUCUCAGCACCAACGACGGACACAAUACGAUCCGUAUCAUCUCUGGUCGUGAACCCUUUGAGACUCUGUCCUCAACCCCCAACAACGAGGGCGAUAUCGAGACACCCCUGUCGAGCCUGGUGGACGUAAUUGGCAGGAGUGAUGAUUUCCCAUUGAAGAGCGAGGGUACCAGGACGUUGUGUAACUUGGUCAAGGUGACUUGGGGCAGCGAGGGUAUGCGGGAGUUUGAUACGAGAUCGAUUACGGUGCUGCAGCAGACGUUGAAUAAGGCGGAUGUAGUUCUUCCUAUUGCGGCCAUGACCCGGAACCCCAAGUACCUUGUGCUCCAGAACGAGGGUGUGAUUGCCUUAACCCUCUUGGUCACCAGUCCUUCGCAAGACAAGAAUGCGGUGCUGGACUCGCUGGUGUCGGUCGAAUUAACACCCCAACCCGACCCGGAGGCAACCAUCUCCGAAGAACCUCUCGACCAAACCAAACCCUUAACGCUCCUCGAAAGUCUCCUCAGUCUCAUCAAGAACCAGGAUGGAAAAUGCCCCGACGAGGUCAGGACAAAUGUAUGUGUGUUCCUGAGGAACGCGCUGGAUACGGCGGCGAGGGAGGGUGAGGACCCGGCGUACUUGACUUUCUUGAAGAGUUCUGGGAUUAAGGAUUCGUUGGGUGAGGUUUUGGAGGGUUUGGAUAAAGAGGGGAAGAAGAGUCCUUUGGUGAAGCAUGCUCUUCAGGAGGUGCUUUCGCGUUUGGCGUAG